AUGAACUACAGUCCACAUCACCAACACAUACCACCACAAUUAUUGCCACCCUUGCCACCACCACAUCAGCAUCAACAUCUUCCAUUCGAUUCCCGCCUUCACCACCAUCAUACGCAACAUUCUUUGCCACCAAAUGCCCAGUCUCAUCAAUUGUCGACGGCAAAUCGUAUGAUGUCGCGCAUUUUCUAAAGACUCUUCGAUUGCCGGUUGCAGAAACAUAGUAUAUUAUGAAUAAAACUUCGACCGAUCGGGGUAUAAACGAAUAUACUGAUUCUCGCUGCAAUUGGCUGUUUACUGAAUCUUUCUCCGAAACCAAAAACAAAAAACCAAAUGCGCGUAUUGUUGCAAAGAUUUGUUUUUUGACCACAUAUAGUUCUUUUGUUCUGAGAUACAACCAGAGGCAUUCGAUACCAAAGCAAUAAUCUUAAUACAUAUAUGUACAUAUAUACAUUAAGUAUACCGUACAAUAAGUCUCUCGCAUAUUUUGCUCACGCUCCAUGCUUACAUAUGGUAUGUAUAUGGAUGUUAAUAGUUAUAUAUUGAUUUUCUUUUGGCCUUACUUGCCUUAUCGACUACAUUUAAUUUAAUUAAUAUGUGAAAUACUUUAAAAUCAAAUUUAGUUUCUUGUUCCCCAGUGUAAAUUGUUUUAUGCCCAGUGACUUAUGUACACAUACACACUAUUUGCAUAUGUACAUAACUGUAUAUUUAAAAUUUAUAAUUAUAAAAAUAAAACAUUAGUAAUAAGUUUUAUUAUCUUUACUCUUGAUUUUAGAAUAAUAUACUAUUAUAUUAUUAUAUACCUUAUACUAUUCAUACUAUCGAAAUUAUGCAUUGAAGUUGAGAAUAGAUUUUAAACAAUUGUGUACUUGUUAAUAUUUUAUUGUGAAUUAUUAGAAAAUAUAAAUGUAUAUGAAUAUUUAAAAAUAUAUAGCGCUAAAUACAAUAUGUUCGACUUUUAGUUUUUUGUUUAUGUUUUUGAUAUCAUGAACAAUACAACGCAAUUGAAAGACAAUGCUCUUUUAGUACAUCCAAGACUGAAACAAUUGUGUGAAAAUAAAUAUUUAAUAAUUUUAUUUCAUUAUUUGUACAAGUAAGCUCGUCUGAUAAAGAUUUCUUUUAAUCUAAUCUCAAACUGUUAACUUUUUAUAAC